AUGUUUGACGAUGUUCUUGACGAAUGGCAGCGUGAUACCUCAAGGACGAGUAUACUGAAUGGCGACAAGGAGAGGUUUGAGAAGUCACGAGUCAUUGCAGAAGUACCCUUAAUUCCUACUUCAAGCUCAACUUCUCCAACACCUUCAACGCCUGGUCCUCCGCACAUUCCAGCAAAAUACGACCCAUCUAUCCUUCGCAUCCGAACAAUUCGUUUUGGGCCGUAUGACAUUCAGACGUGGUAUGAUGCACCCUUUCCUGAAGAGUUCUCCAAUAUCCCGGAGGGACGCCUUUGGAUUUGUGAAUUCUGUUUGAAGUAUAUGAAGAGUCGAUUUGGAGCGCAGCGGCAUCGGCUAAAGUGUAAGUGUCGGCAUCCGCCCGGUGAUGAGAUUUACCGAGACGGCUCGAUAUCUAUUUUUGAGGUGGAUGGCCGGAAGAACAAGAUAUAUUGCCAGCACCUAUGCCUUCUUUCGAAGAUGUUCCUUGAUCAUAAAUCACUUUUCUACGAUGUCGAACCGUUCUUGUUUUAUGUCAUGACGGAAGUGGACGAUAUUGGUGCUCGUUUCGUCGGAUAUUUCAGCAAGGAGAAAAGGAGCUCGAAGGAUCUUAAUUUGAGUUGCAUUAUGACUUUACCGGUGAGGCAACGGCAGGGAUGGGGAAACUUGUUGAUCGAUUUCAGCUACCUAUUGUCACAAAAGGAGGCCAAAUGCGGUACGCCAGAGAGGCCUUUGUCCGCGCUUGGUGCUAUUGGCUACAAGAAAUAUUGGACAUUGGCUAUAAUGCGGUUAUUACAUGAGGCUCCGAGUAAUCCGCGCCUAGAAGGUUUGUUCACACCUCGUGAUGCGAACAUUGAUCUCACAUUAUUAACUUCAACUUGUAACAGAUGUUAG